CUUGAAGUCCACGACGGCGACAUACCUCCAUAAACGACCAGCACACACUAAUCUUGUAAUAAUGUCUUCUGUCCAUGCGGAGCCUCCACCGCCAGUUGUAACAGAACCCGGUGGGAAUAACUAUGCGACCGGAUCUGCACUGGGUAAAGGCGGCUUCGCCAUCUGCCAUCGAGCUGAGCGGUACAAUGGCAGCAAGCCGACGGGACACAUGGUCGCACUCAAGAUUGUGAGGACAAAGAUGGAGCCAGCCAAGUUGGCGCAGAAGUUUGUGACCGAGCUGCAAAUCCACUCGAAGCUGUCGCAUCCGAACAUCGUCGCCUUUUACCGCGCCUUCUCCUUUCAAACGAGUACCUACGUGGUGCUGGAACUAUGCUCGAAUGGUUCUCUGGCAGACAUGCUCAAAAAGCGGAAAUACUUGACUCUGCCGGAGAUCCGGCGCUUCAUCAUCCAGAUAUGUGGUGCUGUCAAAUACUUGCAUUAUCGCCACAUCGUCCAUCGAGAUCUGAAAACUGGCAAUCUCUUUCUGGAUGACAACAUGAAUGUCAAGGUUGGCGAUUUUGGUCUUGCGGCGCUGCUGGUAACGGAGCGGGAGAUGGAGGUCAAGCGGCGAACAACAAUGUGCGGCACACCGAACUAUUUGGCACCGGAGAUUCUGGAGAAGGGAAAGGGGCAUGAUGAGAAAGUCGAUCUUUGGGCAAUUGGCGUUAUUGCAUAUACCCUCGCGGUUGGCAAGGCGCCGUUUCACGCAAGCACGAAAGAAGAAAUCUACAAGAAGCUGAAGUCAGGCACUUACACCUGGCCUGAGUUGAGCGCCACAACUAACCAGAGCGCGGACCUGCGGAAUCUUGUUGCGAGUCUGCUAGUUCCUGAGGAUCUACGGCCGGUGCCCGACCAGAUCGUGAGCCAGAACUUCUUCAAGAUCGCUUAUGUGCCGGCGAGCAUACCUUGUUCCGCGCGAGAGAAAGCGCCAACAUGGCCCGAGGUAUCAAUACCUUCUGCAGACACAAUUCGCAGAGGGUACAGUGAGACUUGGUUUGCUAUUUGCAAGGAAUCUGGAGUCGGAGAGUAUGCGGAAGGUAGAAGCUUCGCUCAUAAUGGCGGCCAAAGAGUGAAAAGUAUCGUGCAUGAGAUGGCACGGGAGGCGCAGUUGGGGACACAGCCUACUAUGCCGAUACCGAAGGACAAGGUCUACAUUUCGAAAGUUAGUAGCUGGGACAGCCCAGUCGAGUUGAAGGAGCCAGCAGCAGAAGAGCAGCGAAGACUUCCUAGCAGAAGCCAAGGGCUGAAAGAGAUCUCUCACAACGAGGUCGCUCUCACCAGGCCUGAGACUGUCGCGCGACAGGCAGACAGGGACACUGACUUGAUGCCGCCUCCGCCAAGGCCUGCGUCUCAACAUAGCAGGACAGGCACAGUCCGAAAAGCUGGACGUACAAUUAGCGAGGAGGCGGCGAACUCGGCUAAGCCUAUCACGGUAGCAGCUGAUGAGCUGCGAGCGACUCUGCGGGUGCAAAAGACAAGACAAGCUCCGGUGGCAGCGACCGCCGCGCUAACAGAGGGGAAACCGUCGCAAAGCUCUGCCUCCCAACCUGGAAGACGGACACAAGCGUUGGAGAUUGCGACAGAGAAUCUUGUGCGUUCGGGUACGGUAAAGCGAGGUGCAGAUGCCAGCUUAGCGAGACGACCACGAGCGCCGAGCAGAGCAACCAGGAAGGAGCGUCCAAUCUCGCCAGACGUGCCGGGACCACUAGCAACGCUUGAUGAGCUGAAACAGGUGUCGCCAAUCAAGCGGUCGAGGAAGAAGCAGGCUGAGGCAGAAGUCGUUGAGAUCCUCUCUGAUCCGGAGCCCGAAGACAGACCAGCUGAACCUGUUCUGUCACUAGCACCGCCGCCAACGAUGAGUGGGCGGCUGCCAGUCCCGCGCAAGUUGAGCACCAAUGCUGACUGCGUGCCGGGCAGCGACCCGGAGACGGUUCUUGAGCGCCUCAGCAUAUUCCGUGACAAUCUGGCCUCUGCUUUGCACAACCGCGGCUUACCGUCAUCCGCACCGCUAGCUGAGCCAGAAACCCUGCCCUUUGUUUCUCGUUGGGUGGACUAUAGCCGUAAACACGGAAUGGGCUACGUCAUGUCCGACGGUACAGUCGGGUGCAUCAUUAAUGCCUCCGCGAAGACCAACCACCCAGUGACGCAUGCCUUUGUCCGCAACGGCAAGCGGUGGCUCGCUCGGGUUGGCAAAGACUUCGAGGAUAUCGAGCAGGUUCCGCUUGAAAUACUAGAGGACCGGGGCGCGGAAGGCAUCGCGAAGAAGGUGUACAAAGGUCUCGGUAGUGUGAAGGAGGGUCCUCUGGCAAUGGAGGCCGAACGAAGACGCACUGUGAGUGUGCUGUGGGUCAAAUUUGGGAGGUACAUGUGUGGCUUGGACGGUGAAGAGGCGGACCGCGGGAGGGAGGACGGCAACUUCGUUCGCUUCUACCAACGGAUUGGAGGUGUUGGGAUCUGGGCUUUUGCGGAUGGAUGUCUGCAGGUGCACUUCCCCGAUCACACCAAGUUCGUCCUUUCGGCCACUGGCACACAGAUCUCGGCGACGUGCAUCUCCGUCGAAGCUGCUACGUAUCUGGCCUCGAAUUCGGACCUGCGACCGCACCACGUCAGUAGCCGUGAACUUUACACGGACAGUGUGCAGGGACUGCUACACUCAGGCGGACGUAUUCGUGGCAGAGUCGUGAAAGUGAACCUUUUGAGUGACAAGCUUGCUUACGUCUUGCGCGUGGCCGAGCAGUGGAUUAGCAACGGGGGUUUGGGGAGACUUGAUGACGAUCAGUCCGGCCGUUCUAGUUGCGGGUUGAGAUGGGAAGGGCCAAUGGUUGUCGACGCCGCGAAAAAAAACGAUGAUAGUACCGUAGGAAGAUUCGGAGGCGACAAUGUUGUGCGGUAGUUCGUUAAGGCUCAUUUCUGGCGUUGGAGGCGGUUUGCAUAGCGUCGGUGUACGUCAACACUUCCAAGGUACCACAAAGCGAUUUCAAUGGCCAUCAGACAAUGCAACAUCCUUUGAAGGUCAUUUCAGCAAGCACGAUGUAUAGAAUCUAUGAUCGAGGGGAUGAAGAAAUUCGAUAGCGUUAAGGGGAUGACUGGG